CCAUUCUCUGAUGCUUCAUUGGCAAUGGCUCCCGCGUCCAUUUUCAUUCUCCUCUUCUCUUUGAUCAAACUAUGGGGUUCUCUUUUUGUAGAUGCCAAGGUGUUCAUGGUUCUAAUGGACGACGAAUCUGUCAUUACAUAUAAAACCAGUCAUAACCAUCUGAGUAAUGAAGAUGCUUUGAUUUACAAGGACAGCAUUAUUAGUAAGCAUGACAAUUUCUUAGACUCACUCUUUCAAAAAGGAUCCUACACCAAACUCUACAGCUACACACAUUUGCUUAAUGGGUUUGCAGUCCAUGUCACAUCAGAGGAGGCUGUCAAUGUUCUUCGAAAUGCCAAGGGAGUUCGAAAUAUGGAGGAGGAUAUAAAAAUGGAAAAGAUGACAACAUACACACCGGAGUUUUUGGGAAUCCCUACUGGUGUUUGGCCAACCUUAGGAGGAGCUAGGAAUUCAGGAGAGGGGGUUGUGAUAGGUAUGAUUGAUACUGGGAUCAAUCCAAGCCAUCCUAGCUUUACUAACCAGUUAUCUGGAGUUGGUUCACAUUUAAAUAGAAGAAAGUUCAGGGGAACAUGCACAACCGGCAAUGGGUUCCCCCAAACAGCAUGUAAUGGCAAGAUAGUAGGAGCACAUUUCUACGCACGUGGUGCAAUCGCCGCUGGUGAUUUUAAUGCCACACGUGAUUAUGCAUCGCCUUUUGAUGCUGACGGCCAUGGCAGUCAUACAGCCUCUACUGCUGCUGGAAAUCACCAAAUUCCAGUGACAGUAAAUGGCUUCAACUAUGGAUAUGCAAGUGGGAUGGCUCCUGGUGCUGGGAUCGCAGUAUACAAAGCCCUCUACACUUUUGGAGGUUAUAUGGCUGAUGUUGUGGCUGCAGUUGAUCAGGCCGUUGAAGAUGGAAUCGACAUCCUGAGCCUCUCUAUAGGGCCAACUGCUGUUCCUCCCGGUCCUUCUGUCUUUCUCAACACGCUUGAAAUUGAACUACUCUUUGCUACAAAUGCUGGAGUUGUGGUUGUUCAGGCGGCUGGUAAUGGCGGCCCUGGUCCAAGUACCAUUCUCUCUUUUAGCCCAUGGAUCACAAGUGCUGCCGCCUCUAUCACUGAUCGCACAUAUAACAAUACAAUCAUUUUAGGCAAUGGACAAAGCUUCACUGGCACAAGCAUUUCACCUCCCACCUCCAAAGAAGUGCAAAUUCCAAUUGCUGCAGCAGCAGAUGUGUGCAGUAGGAACACAAGCAAUACAAUGGUGGAGAACUGUCACCACACAAAGCCCUUCAUCCGAUCAUUGGUUAGAGGGAAGUUGGUCAUCUGCACUUACAGCCAGGACUUUGAGUUGGGUCCUGCAAGUAUUUCCAAGGUUUCAGAAACAAUUCAGAAUGUUGGGGCUGCCGGAUUUAUAAUCACAAUGGACCCUCACAUUGGCGCUGACGAUAUAGAUGGCACAACAUUAAUAACCCUGCAAGUCCCGGGCAUCAUACUAGAUGACUUCGAUAACUCAUUAGAUCUGUGGGAGUAUUACAACUCUCAUACUAUACGUAACAGGAAUGGAGAUGCAGUGGAUUUUACAGCAACAGCGAGGAUUUUCGAUGGACGAACGGCAGUUUACACGGGGCAGGGGCCCAUUGUUGCAUCCUACUCAUCAAGAGGACCCGAUGUGAAUAAUGUCUUCUUGCAGACUGCUGAUGUCCUCAAACCAAAUGUCAUGGCUCCAGGUUCCUCUAUAUGGGCUGCAUGGAGUCCUAAUAGUGAAGAAGACCAACACAUAACAGGCCAGAAUUUUGCACUUGCAUCUGGCACAAGCAUGGCUACCCCUCACAUAGCCGGAAUAGCGGCGUUGAUCAAGCAGAAACACCCACACUGGAGCCCAGCUGCAAUUGUAUCAGCGAUGAUGACUACAGCCAAUGUAACAGAUCAUUUAGGAGCACCAAUAGCCCAACAGGGUCCAACACUUGAACCCCAACCGUCAUACAGAACUUUUCCUGCAACCCCAUUUGAUUUUGGCUCUGGGGCCAUCAACCCAGCUCGAGCCUUAGACCCAGGACUAGUUUUCGACAUCAAAUUCAUGGACUACAUACAAUUCCUGUGUGCUGUGCCCGGCGUGGACAAUGAUUCUGUUAGACAAGCAGUGGGCAUUGAGUGCCCAACCAAGGAGGAGGCAUGGUGCUCAGAUUUGAAUACAGCAAGUAUCACAGUUUCUAACUUGGUUGGGUCCAGGAUGGUGGACCGGAGGGUGACAAAUGUCUGUAGCGAGAAGGAGAAAUAUCAAGUGACACUGAAGGAGCCAAGUGGUGUGGCAGUCACUGUGUCACCAAUGGUUUUCGAGAUAAGACCGAAUGCAUCCAGAGACCUUAAGAUUCACCUAGAAGCAAAAGAGGCAACAAAUGAUUACACAUUUGGGGAGUUGGUAUUAGAGGGGAGUAAGAAUCAUGUUGUUAGAGUUCCCCUAGUUGUUUAUGUUAGCAGUGCCUUAGGGUCUUGAAAUCUUUGGCUGUGGUAAUUGAGAUGCUAUUUCAGUCAUACUUGUCCUGUUAAGUUAUUAAUUCUUAAAAGCACAACUAGUAGUAUUUAGAGACUCGAAGGAAAGCCUAAAUCGAUCCUUGGAUGAUGUUUGGACCACUGUUAAUAAAAAAGCAAAUGGGUGAUACAUGUCUGGCCAUAUAAUUGAAAUUGACAUGCA